GUUUUCCUAUAUUAGUUCGUAACUAUAUGAUCAAAUUAGAUAUUGAUCUCACAAAUAUAUGGUUAUACCACAACCAAUUGGCAAAUAAUGCUAUAACUUUAACGAAAGGAAGAGUUGAAUACAUAAGAAAUUCAUUUCCAUUAGUUGCAUGGUACUUCGAUAUAUUUUUGUUUGCUUUUUAAAGAGUUAGAAACACCAGGUAAUAUUUUAUUAAAUCAUCUAACAGAAUUUUGAAUUUUAUUUGCAUGUUUUAGAAUAUAACUUUGGUGUGCAUGUAACAGAAAUUAAUACAAGGGCACGCAUAAAAGAACCGAUCCAAGAUGAGCAGACCCGGAGACUGGAACUGUAGAUCAUGCACCCACCUCAACUUCCAGCGCCGUGACUCUUGCCAGCGAUGCGGCGAUUCACGUUUGGGAGCCGGUGGAGUUGGUGGCUUAGACUUUGGUGGUUUCGGCGGCAGAGCUAUGUCUGCUUUCGGAUUCACCACCGGUUCCGAUGUUCGUCCAGGUGACUGGUACUGCACCGUGGGAAGCUGCGGGACCCACAACUUCGCCAGCCGCUCCACCUGCUUCAAAUGCGGUACUUUCAAGGACGAAUCCACCGGUGGGGGCGGCGGUGGCGUCGGCGGUCCCGCCAUGUUUGAUACCGACCUUAUGCGGUCUAGAGUCUCCGGCAACACUGGCCGCUCCAGCUGGAAAUCCGGCGACUGGAUUUGCACUAGGAUUGGUUGCAGUGAGCAUAACUUUGCAAGCAGAAUGGAAUGCUUCAGAUGCAAUGCACCAAGGGACUUCAGCAAUGGAAGCUUUUUCUAA